CGAGUCCCGACCAUCCGCCCCAGUCGCAGACUCGCAGACUUGAACUUCGCGAUGCCGGCUCCUUGUCAAGCACAUGUAUGUACGUUGGACGUACAUAAGAGGAGGCCAUUGUCCCCUCUCAUGAGUAGCAAUCUUCGCCCCCUCACCUCCCGACACAAACAUGAAAUUGUCCCAAUUGCUCCCGCUCGCCGGCCUCGCCGCCACCGCCAGCGCGUCAUGGCCUGAAGCGCAGGGGAAGAGCAUCAAGUACACCACUGUCCAGGGCUACUUCCUCCAAGACGAGGCCGAUACGGUUCCUGGGACAUUUGACUAUGCUUCAAGCAACCUUGGGCUGCUCAAUAGGACGUACCCUACCGACAACGAUGCCUCUGGCGAUGCGCCGCAGUGGGAGCGCUUCGCCCGAUGGGUGUCAUACCUGAACCGCAAUUGCCGCAACAAAGGCGACGUCCGGUACAAGGUCCUGGUCAUGGGUCGCCACGGCGAGGGCUGGCACAAUGCUGCCGAGUCCUUCUAUGGCACCCCGGCAUGGAACUGCUACUGGUCCGUCCUGGACGGCAACGGCACCACAGUCUGGGCAGAUCCCCUUCUCACCCCAGCCGGCUCGCACGAGGCCCUCAAGGCCAACGCCUUCUUCAAGUCGCACUUUGCCGACCACGGGCUGCCGUACUUUGAGUCGUACUACACCUCCCCGUUGAUGCGCUGCACCACGACGGCGAACUUGACCUUUGCGGACAUUGACCUGCCCGAGACGAGGCCCUUUGAUCCUGUUGUCAAGGAGUUCUUCCGCGAGGGCAUCAGCAUCCACACCUGCGAUCGGAGGUCCAGCAAGUCGCAUAUCCACGCCGCCAUCCCGGCGCUUCGCUUCGAGGACGGCUUCACGGAGGAGGACGAGCUAUGGCGCGGCGACGUGAGCGAGGGCGAGAUCCAGCCGCACCAGGACUGGCGCAGCCAAUCCGUGCUAGACGAUGUCUUUGUGGAGGAUGAUGCGACGUGGAUCAGCGUGACGAGCCACUCGGGCGAGAUCAGGAGCCUGCUGAGGGUUCUGGGCCACCGCGAGUUCUCACUUAGCACGGGACAGAUUAUCCCUGUGCUGGUCAAGGCCGAGGUCGUCGAGGGGACGCCCACCACGGAGCCGCUGCCGGGCUUCACGAGCGAGGCGACCUGUGAUGCGCCGCCGGUCACCAGUGUUGCUGGGCAGGGGUGUGUAUGCACCCAGACGGCUUAAUCGAUGUGAUGAAUGAACGAAUCAGGGCAGAAAUAACCUAAUAGGCUUCAUUUUGGAAACAAACGGCUUGGUUGCACAGAACAGAAGGACGUGCCACACGUGGCAUGACUAUGUCUGCGGGCUGCACUCGAGCUGAGAGCACCCUUGACUCCAGAACCAACCUAGGGAGGAUCAGGCAUUCAAUGAUACCUAUCUUUCGCCGACUGCUGACACUUUGUCAUCGCUUACAUAUGCGAGAAUACAUAGUGUUCUUCCACCUACCCCGCAUGAACGCUCCUCCUUCCCAAUCUCAGUCUCUGGCCGUAGGAUCGCG